UGAAGUAGGAUGGAUUCUUGAUUGAAUGGGACUGCUACCGGUCGUUUCCCUGUGAUCAUGAAGGGACUGCUACCGGUCGUUUGCCUGGGAUCAUGAAGGGACUGCUACGGGUCGUUUCCCUGGGAUCACGUGGGUGUGAGUUUAUAAUCUGUAAUUGCCCUUUCAGAAAGAAAAAAAAACAGAUGAAUCGGUAAUAAUUUACUAUAAUAAGUAAUAAACUGAGUGCGUCUCGCGACAGGGGGACUGUGGAACUUGUCGGCAAUUGAAAAUAAGAAGAAUAAGAAUACAUAGUGAUAACGAGACUGUGCCAGAUCUGGUGGGGCACGCUGUUUUCAACACAGUCCCGCCAAAAAUGGAUUACGUCUCUGUGAUUAACGUUUUCCGGAAACGUGGGUGCACGUUUCGGCGCCACGUGUCUUUUCCGUCUUUUAAAAAAAAAUAAAACGGACACGGUUUUCGAUCUUAUUCUACUCGUUUACCACGUGGGUUCAACACCACGUGGUUUAUCUGCCUGCAUUCCGCGGUUUAUCUGUUUGUUUUUCUACUUAAAACUUGUUUCUGUUUUUUUUUUUUUUUCUCUCCCUCCUCUUUUUUUCUUGAUUUCCCUUUCCCGUUUUUUCUUUUCUUCUCGUUUUCUUGGUUUCUUUUCUUUUAUUUUUUCACUAUUUUUCUGUUUUUUUCCAUGCACACAUACGUGUGGUUCAUUGUUUUUCACUCGGUCUGUCCGGCUGCCACGUGUCUGGCCCGGCUGGCACGUGUCUCAUCGCCGGACUGCCGCGCGUCUGCCCUGCUUUUCCUGCCACGUGUUCCAGUUUGCUGACAGACGUGUUCUUCGCGUGGCACGUCUGCUCCACUCUGCACUCCUUCCCUUCCUCCCCCCCCCCCCCAAGAUAGGUCAGGAGGUUGUCUUUCUCUUGCUGUUUUUUUUUUUUUUAAAUUCCUUUUCGUACACCCAUGAACUGUUGAACUACGGUCCCGACCCCGACCGUUUCUUGGCGGUCGGCGUGGUCGGGGUCGAAUCCAGAGUACUCUUGGGAACAGAAACGAUUAUCCCCGGUCACGUGAAGAAUCCGUUUCGUUGUUCUUUGAUCUUUUUCUUGUGUGUCCUUGUAGGUCGCACGGAUCGUGCCCGCUCUUCCUCUUGGAGAGCGGUCGGGGUCGGGGCCGACCGUCGCUUGACGGUCGGCGUGGUCGGGGUCUCGAUCAACGUGUCAGGCGCGGGAAUUCUCAUCGAAGGAUUGUCUAGGGGUCUGGUCGAGACCGCCCGUCGCGUUCGCGGUCGGUCUGGUCGGGGUCGAGGCAUCACGUACGCGGAUAUGUUUUUCUCCUGUUCGGCAUCGACGGAUCGGGUGCUAUCUUGGUCGGAUACGCCAUCGCCACGAUUGCAGUCGAAAUCGCGACAAGUGUGCAGUUGAGAUCCCGACGCGUGUGCUGAGCUGUGUGAGCGGAUAAAGGAUCGCCACGUGUGCAGUUGCAGUUUAGAUCGCGACGCGUGUGCAGAGCUGUGCGAGUUCAGAAGGGAUCGGCACGUGUGCAGUUGAGAUCGCGACAACUGGGCAGCUGACAUCGCGACACGUGUGCUGCGCUGUGUGAAUGGAGAAGGGACCGCCACGUGAGCAACUGGGAUCGACAUGCGUGCAGCAGUUGAGAUCGCGACAAGUGUGCAGCAGUUGAGAUCGCGACACUUGUGCUGAGCUGUGCGAGUGGAUAAGGGAUUGCCACGUGUGCGAUUGAUAUCGGCACGCGUGCAGUUGAGAUCGCGAUAAGUGUGGAGUCGAGAUCGCGACGCGUGUGGAUCAGGGAUCGCCACGUGUGCAAGUAUUUGAGAAGGGGACUACAAUCGAUCCCUUAUCCACGGAUACGAUGACGGACGAAGAGGACGAGGGGAGGAAAUCGGCCGUACCGCCUCUGAAAGAGCUAUGCUUGAUUGUAAUUAUAGAGAAUCUUGACUACGUUGAGGACGUCGGGUAUGUCGAUGAUGACCUGGCGUAUGAGAUUUUUCAACAUGCCACGUGGGAGCAGCUGCUUCGGAUCGAAAAUGCGUCCAAGGGUCGAGAUUUUGUGUCUAUUACAGAUGGCUUAUGGAGGAAUUGGUUUGAGAGGAAAUGGGGUCGGGACGCCCGCGCAGAUGUCGAAGAGAGAAUGGAAGAAGAGGGGUAUGCAUUCGGAUGGAGGCAUAUUUUCGAGGAGAAAUUGCGACUGGAUGAAGAGCAGGCGAAGGAGGGGGUUGCCCGACUGAGGGAGUUGUACAUGGAAGCGCACAGCGCUAAGCGGGUCAGGUCAUUACAAGUGUGCGACAAAGUGCCGCCUGGAAGGAAGAGGGGGAAAGGAGCCGCAUCUUGGGGAAGUACAUCUGGUUCUUCAGGGCGCUUUGCGAUGCCUAAAAUUGGCGAACGAGGGCGGUUAUUGAAGAAGGCAAGAAUGGAAACGGAAACGAGCCAGAGGUUGAUGCGCGAAAGAUCUCACCUGCAGCAGCAGCGGCCAUCCGCGAAUAACUUGCACAGUAGCAUGGCAAGACAUGCGAAUGCUAUGAAAAUGCAGGCCCAGCUUUCAGAAGCAUUACAAAUUCCUUCGUUUGCGCAGCGGAAAACUGCGGACCCUUCUUUCGCCCAGCGGAAACCUGUGGACUCUGCAUUCGCGCAGCGGAAAACUGCGGACGCUGGACGGCGUUCGGCCCCAACGCAGAACCCGGUCUUGCCACCGCUGGCUUCUAAGCGACACACUUUUCAAGAGGAGCAUCGCACCGUCACACCUGUGCAGAAGAAGGCACCAUUGACAAGGCAGCGGUCUCCGAUAUCCACGGGUUCAGGAUGUGGAAGCUCAUCGACGAGAUCGGUCUCCGGCAGGAUGCCGCCACAGUGCUCGGCACCCUCGACCCCUCGCAGGGAGCCUCCUGCGAGGCAGGGGUUGACAUCUUGUCCGCUCGGUCAAGCAGCCGAAGCAUCGUCGUCGCAAGUGUGUUUGCAGGCAAGACAACGCAGUGCCACUUUGACAGCAUCAAGCCAGGACUCCGUAAAGCCUUUUUGUUCUGUUUCAUUGUUGCAACCCUGCAUUGCUACAACAAGCGCUGCGAAAACUGCGAAAACCGCAUCUGCCCCGACGGCCUCUUCCAGCCACGGGCAAGGCAUGAAACACCAGAUUCCUGUGUUCUCCUCCAAGCUUCAUGGAUCAGGCGAAUUGGCAAAACCGCAAGGUGGUGGUGGUGGGGUGGGGGGCACAGGAAAGUCGCAGGGAGGGGGGAGAGGGGAGAUGGCAGUCAAAAUGCAGCGAGGAGGGACAACAUCCAGACCACAUGCAGUUGGGACGGCAGCAAGGGCACCGAACGUCGGCACACAAGCAAAGCCCCAAGGACUUGGGUCAUCAGCAGCCAAGCAGCAGCAGGGGGCAGGCACUGUACCCAGAUUAGGGUCGCCAAGAGGGGUAGGACCUGUUGGAAAGCAGCAGGGGAGUGGGUUUUCGUCCAAGCCACAGGGUAUCAAGGCAGCUUCUGGCGGAUCGAGGAGAUGAUGAUGGACGGAGAACUGUGCGAGGUUGGGAAGGGAGAGAGUGUAUCCAGGGUUUGUUCUUCCAAAUGGCUCUGUCUCUCGUUCCACAGCAUCAAAAUCAAGGAACUCGCGGCAAGCGUCUUGAAACACUUUGGGGUGAGGAAAUAUCUGCAAUGAUGGAUGAAAUGCUUGUGCACAAGGGUUGGAAAGAAUUUAUUCUUGAGAAGGACCCUGAUGACGAACGGAUGUGUAACCCGUUGUCGAGGCGCUUAAGGGGGGCGGGCCGCACCGGAAUGCGGUAGGGAAGCAAAGGGGAUGGGCGGAAAGGAGUGUCUUUUUCAUGUUGAAGUUAUCUGUCGUUUGUCAGUUCUCAGUAGCGUGCAUGUUUACGACAGAACAGAAUUCAGAUUGCGCAAGUAUACCUCCUCAGCCUUUUUUUUUUUCUGAAGCACUAGUACCUCCGCCAGUGCUGGGAAAUUAGGGAAAAGGCCUGUUCCCGAAGAGUUUGGGGUCCGGGCCCGAUGACGACUGCCACUGAUAAAUCUUAUCGGCGGCCGUCGUUUUGUUUUGGCCCUCCCAAAAGGUCGGAGGCUGAUCCGAGACCCGCUAUUUCCCCACUCGGCAAAGGUCGUAGUGGUUUAAACAGGUAAGGUCCUCACCUCCUCAGCUUCUGUUUCCUGCUGUGUGGAAAUGUGUGGAAAUGUGUGGAAAUGUGUGGAAAUGAUAGAGACCAAUCUUUUUUUUUUUUUUUUUUUUUUUCCUUGAAAUGAGGGAUCAGUGUUUGAUAUGCAGCUGGAGAUGUCGCCGGUCUUUCUGCUAGUUUCGUAGACACCUAUGUAUGCCCACUUUGCAGAAUGCUAGGUUGGUCCCUCGAACACAGUGCAUCCUCAUUAUGACUGCAUUGUACCUGAAACAUAGUGGGUAUACAAUCAUGAUCAUUGUGCAUUGUAUGUGGACAUUGUCUACCAGUCGGUAUACACUCAUGAUCAGGGUGCAUUGUAUGUGGACAUUGUCUACUCCUUUGGUAUGGAAAUGUUGUAUGUGGUCACUCUCGCACCUGUCUCAGCCGAAUAUAAUGUACGGCUAGGCUACCAGAGUGGGCCGGGGUCACUUGCGCGGCCGGGACAAAAAAAUAAAAAAAAUAAAAAUUUACAAAAAUA